AUGGUCGCCUUUGACAAGUGUGAGACCCGACCGGCCCAUAUCGAUGCCAUUCUCAAUGGCCUCGAUCGGUACAACCCCGAAACUACCACAGUCUUCCAGGACUACGUGGCCCAGCAGUGCGAGGACCGUACAUUUGACAUCUACGCCAAUCUGGCUGUACUGAAGCUCUACCAGUUCAACCCCCACCUCCUCCAGGCCGACACCGUCACCAACGUCCUCGUCAAGGCCCUGACCGUCUUCCCUUCUCCCGCUUUCUCGCUCUGCCUCUCUCUUCUCCCAGCCCACACCCAGCCUUUCUCCACCACCCCAGAGGCUCAGGCUGCCGCUCAAAACUCAGACUUUGUUGAGUCCGUGCAAAAGCUCGCUCGCCUGUCUACCCUCCUCGAGUCCGCCCAGUACACUCAGUUCUGGUCCACACUCAAUUCCGAUGACCUGUACGCUGACUUGACUGCUGAUGCCGCUGGCUUCGAGGAGCUCGUCCGCAUCCGUAUCGCCGUUGAGGUUGGCAAGACUUUCCGCUCCGUCGCCACUGACUCUCUCGAGCAAUGGCUCGACCUGCGCAGCGGUGAGGCUCUCGAGAAGUUCGUCACUGAAGUCUGUGGCUGGAAGGUUGAUGGCUCUGUCGUCAAUGUCCCCACAAACAAGGAGAACGAGGUCCGCAGCGAGGUGAAGAGUGAGCGUGUUGGUGUUGAUAUGUUCGGUCGUGUCAUCCGUCGCGGCUUCGAGCAGGCCGCAUAA